CAGUCUGAUUUGGGAUCUCGAAGUGAAAAGACUGCUCGAACUUUCCGCGUGUGAGUGUGCAUGUGUUAGGCUUGGUCGGUGAGAAGCUCAUCAAGCAAGAACCAAUGCUACCAAUGGUCUCUGGAUCUGUUAUCUGUUGUUAGUUGCCAUUUCCAAGUAUUUAGGCAAGCGAAGUUUCCUUCCUUUGGCAACAUUUGACUUGAUCGGCGAGUUCUUGCGGCACAAUAAUUGGCCCUGUUAUUUUCGAGUGUUGGCUCAUCCCACAUCGAUUCGAGACAGUUAUCAGUUCAAACCAACCAGUUUCCUGGGCCCGAUCAAGUGAUUGAAAAGGCCAUCAGCACCAUUGAUAAAGAUUUCUACUGCUCCAACUUUCUGCUAAACAGAUUUUUUGGCAACGCCAAGGAGACGGUAGUACAUCAUCUCUAUCUCGUUAUCUCAAACUGAUCCCGUGUGUGUGUAGUUGUGGGUGUUUCACGAAUCAGUGCUUCUCUUAAUUGAGUGUUUUUGUCUCCGACUAUUGUUGUCUAAUUCAAAGCGGAACAAACGAAGGAGAAGCGGAUAUCAUCAUGGCAUCCAAACUUCGACGAACUCCACUCUUUGGUUACGAUGGAAAUCUGGGCAUUCCAAUCCUACCUUCCUCUGGCACCAAACCUAAAUCUUCCAACUCAAAUGGAUCCUACACUUACCAGACUACCACCAUGGACGUGGGAGUAACGACACGGUACAGCAAUGAGCCAGCCACUAACAGCAAACCCUCUCAGAACAACAGACACGCCCACAAGGCCCACCCCUCAACACCGAACAAGCAGGUGAAUUUCCAGACCAAUUCCGACGAGAAGAAGCGAGAGAAAUUCCUCACUGCCAAAUAUGGCGCACAUCAGAUGGCGCUUAUUCGAAAGCGACUCCGCGUAGAGAUGUGGAUGUACGAACGACUUCAGGAACUCUAUGGGGCGGAGGAUAUCGAAAUCGAUUUGGAUGAGGUUUUGGAUAUGGACUCCGAAAUGGAGCGUCAACAAUAUAUCAGGAAUCUCCUUCGUGAACCACAAGGUGCCUCAGAGAAUAUCAACAUAUUUGUUGGUGAUCUGUUGGAAAAAGUCAAAACACUCUGAGUCCUUCAACAAAUGGCUUCUCUCGUCUGUCACAGGAGACUUUGUCGCCCAACUGCCCUAACAAGAGUUGUUUGAGUUGGUCUUUCGAACUUUCCUACAUCCGUCAACUGAUCAUGAUCCAAUCCAAUUCCAAUCUAAGAUCAACCAACCAAUCAUCAACACAAACGUGCCAUUUCUGCUGCUAGUUGCAGCCCCGGAUCAUGAUGAUUGAUGACCUUUGGAUCAACCAAUCAAGCAGCUCUCUUUCCAACCCACGUCGAAUGUGUGAUAGCUCUGCCAAUGAGAAAUUAUAUGUAUUAUGUGAAGGGAGUCGCGGGGAUCUUUGUCAAUCUUUGAUCCUGGAGGAGAUUCCCUCAUCCCCAAGUCCUUUUGCAAGGUCUCCUGUGGUUCAGAGUCUGGGAGCGUUUUGUAUUGUGACGACGAUAUGUGAAUGUUCAUAGAUCUCAUCAUCAUUGAAUCUUUCAAUCCCCAACAUCGCCCAACUUUUCUUCAUCCUGUACCAUUCAUUACUCUCUCUCAUUAUUGUAAGGUUUUCUAAAUUCUGGACUCGCCUUUGAACCAAACAAAGUUUUAUUCCAAUUUACUGGAAAGAAAAAAAAAUCUGAGCAGGGCAUUUUUGAAGCAGAGACUAUGAGUUUAUAGUGGCCCUGCUUCGAGUUUGAACACCAUCACCAUAUUCUUUCUUUAUAUUCAAACUAAGUUGUGCUAUUUUCGACCCUUUUCCACUAUCCAAGCUCUCUUGGACAGACACCCUCAUCAUUCUAGUUUGUUUUCCCCCUCUCUAAACCUCGAUCUAUUUUGGUUCGUAACAGUAACAACCCGUAUCCAUGAUUGUGAAAUUUAUGCCUGCGUAAGUUCGUUUCCGAAAUACUGAUUUGUACAAUUUUACCUCUACGUUCGAUUGAUAUGUGAGUAAUAGAAAACAUAUUAGAUGUGUUGUCUGAAUAACCCGUAUGCCUUUUGGAAUAAAUGAGACACAUUUGCGUAA